AUGUCGAACUUGUAUGAUAAGGUUGCAGUUAUUGCCUGUGAGGAAUUGGAGACGGUGGUUGGGAACCAAAACAUUGUAGAAGAGUCUCAUCUUCCUCGACUGCUAUAUUUGGAAGCAGUUGCAAAGGAGACACUCCGAAUUCAUCCUGCUGCUCCAUUGCUAGUGCCUCACAUGCCCAGCAAGACUUGCGUUGUGGCUGGAUAUACCAUCCCUAAACAUUCCAGGGUUGCAUGGGCAACACAAAGGGACCCUGAGUUUUGGGAAGGUCCUCUUGAAUUUGAACCUGAGAGAUUCUUGAAGGACACUGAGAAAGGUAAUUAUGUAGGAAACAAUUUCCAUUUUUUUCCAAUUGGAUCGGGGAGGAGAACUUGUGUUGGAAUUCCUUUGGCAGAAAAAAUGGUGGCGUACGUGUUAGCUGUCUUGGUGUAUUCUUUUGAAUGGGAAUUGCCUGAUAUAAAAGAAAAACUAAGAUUUGUCUUGUCGAAAGUGGAAUCCCUUGCUGCAAUACCCAUUGCACGUUUAUCUAUUCCACAGUUAUACCGAUGA